CUUGGAGCCUGCAGCCAUCGAAACUCUGAUCAAGCGUUACUGCCGCGAGUCCGGCGUGCGCAGCCUUCAGAAGCUCAUCGAGCGCAUCAUGCGACGCGCCGCAUUCACGUUGGUCAGCGAGAAGCCUGAGUGCGUGGCCGUGCAAGAAAUCAACCUCGAGGAAUUCGUGGGCAAACCCAAGUUCACCACCGACCGCAUGUACGACAUCACCCCUCCGGGUGUCGUCAUGGGCUUGGCCUGGACAGCAAUGGGAGGGUCGACGUUGUACAUCGAGACAAGCAUGCGACCAAUGACUUCGCCAGCCACGACACCCACAGAGAAGGAGGGAGCGCCGCUGCAGGGCAGUCUGGAGACCACAGGACACCUCGGUGAUGUUAUGAAGGAGUCCGUGCGCAUCGCCUACACCUUCGCCAAGAACUUCCUUGCAGCCCAGGAACCUGACAACAAAGCCCUGAUACAAAACCACCUUCACUUGCAUGUGCCCGAGGGCGCUGUGCCCAAGGAUGGCCCGAGUGCAGGCAUCACCAUCGUAACGGCGCUC